AUGGCGCGUCCCGGUCGAGCAACGGCCCGAGGAGCCGCGGGGGUUCGCGCGCGUUCGCGCGCGCCCUGGACGUUCGCGAUCGCGAUCGCGGUGAUUUCAAGGGUUGUGGGGGUGCGAGCGGCGGUGUCCACCGGGGCCCCGCUCUCGGGGGCGACGAACGGGGCGGCGGAGGCGGUUUUGGAUUACAAGAGCGUUCCGGGAGGGCGGUGCUCGCCGAACGAUUCGACGAACACGAUCGUGUGCGACAAGCUCGAGCCGGCGUCGACGAAGAAUUACGCCUCGUUUGAUUUCGUCGUGUACGACGUGAACGGAGCUCGGUGCGAUUUGUGUGGGAGGGAGUGUAGCCUGGACGGGAGCGCGUGGGCGUAUUGCGGCGCCACGCCAGUGUGGUACUUUGGAUUGACGGUGGGACAGCAUCAGUUCAAGGUGCGAGGUUUAGGAGGAGAUAAUACGCCUGGUAAUACCCCUGAAGUUUACAACUGGGUGAUAGAAGAUCCACUAACGGUGGAGUGGGACUCGGCGUACGCGACGCCUUCAACCUACGGGACGUCGAAUUCAGUAAAUACAUUCUACAUGCAGUCAUCGCGGCCGUCGUCAGCUUACGUUCAGUUCGAGUACAGCACGACGAACGAUUACAUCAAAACCUACACAAGAUUGCCGACCGGGACGAGUUCGGUGAACGUGACGCCGAGUUACGGGGUCAACGAAUUCACCUUUAGAGCAGUAUCCAUUGAAAGUUACACCGGGAAAUUGCUAACGGAGUCCUCCGUGAACCAAAUUUCUGUGACGUACACCAUAGAUAACGUGAAUCCAUCGGUGACAUUCGUCAGUGGAUUGGCGGAUGGUGCUAAUCCGUCGAUGGAUACCGUGUCGUACGUCGUAUCAAGCACAGAUGUGGAUGUGGUGAACAGUAACGUUCAGUCAGGACUGCAGAAGAUCGAGACGCAGUUCACGCGUGUGGAUAACGGGGCGUCGAAUCCUUCACCCUUACACACAUGGAUGACGUACACCGCGUUUUCGGGGAGUCCCACGGACAAAAACGUGACUGUAACCCUGACAAAUCUCGCAACACUCGCAGAUGGGACGUAUGAGUUAUUAGUUAGAUCUACAGACAACGCCGGUAAUGUCGCGACGGCUGCCAGCAGAACGAUGGCUGUGCAGCUCGCGAGUAUGAUGAGGGUUCCAGAUGCUUCUCGUUUGAACGCCACGACGACAUCAGGAGCUCAAACUGCGUCGGGGGCGAUCACGCUCGCAUCGGUGCCGAGCGAUGGAUCGUUAGUGCCUACGGCGUACGAGGUGAGCGGAAUCGUUGGUGGUGUGUUAGCUCUCGAAUCCGCACCAACAGUGCCUUUGGCGAACAAUACGCUGGUAUCUCCAUCAGAUGCUACCACUGGAUUCAGAUUCACGCCGACGGUGUGCACGUAUACAGGCGAUGCGUUAUCAAGCACAUUUGGAUUUGAUUUGAAGCCGUCGACGAGCACGACAGAUCUCACGAAGGUCGUUGAUCUUCCUGCGCACUCUUACAUAACCGUCACAUGGACGAACAGUCCCCCUAUAUUGAGCUUGAUUGCUGCCUACGAGUUGACACCCAUUCAUAUUGCAGAUGCUGCCAACAUGGGCACAACUGUGCGCGACUUUUUGGAUGCACACGUGUUGGAUUGCGACGCUCAGCCUUCAUUGCGAACUGUUCCGUAUGGCGUUGCAGUGGUGGGAAGCGAUCAAACACGAGGGACAUGGCAAUUUUCAACAGAUUCAGGUGCGUCCUGGACGAACUUUGACACCAACGGUGCGUUGAGCACGACCAAUGCGCUGAUACUCAAAGCCGAAUCGAACGAGCGGGUCAGGUUCGUUCCAACGUUCACGUCGCUUGAGGACGAGUUCAUGGUGUCGUUUGCAUUCCGUGGAUGGGAUGGAACGACAAGCGAGUCAACUGGUGCGACGGGAGUUGAUAUCACAACGAAUUCACACACUUCACCGUCGGGGUCAAUAAGCGCGUCAACAGCCACUGCUUUCCUUUUAGUGCGCGGUUUCUCCCACUCCUUUUUUGAACGGACCGAUAAGACGGUCACUGCUUCUACCAGGAGGACGUUUGAGUCAGGUGCGAACAGCUGUCCUCCGUCGCAUCGUCGUUCUGUUCGGAUCCCUGUUGCUACUGCGACGGAGGGUGCCGAACCCAAGAUCAAGUCUUCAUCAGCGCUUACCGUGACUCCACCUUGGACAAUCGAGGCAUGGGUGCGUCGCGACGUGUGGCUCACCGCUCAAACCCUGUUUGCGAGUCCAAGCGAUGGCAGUGCGAUCAUGCUUGAAAUGAGCGAAGCGAGUGGGAAGGUUGGCAUUGUACCUCCCAGUGGGGUCAGUGGAGGAACGUUUAAUUACCUCGCUCCACUUGGAACGUGGGUGCACCUGGCGUUCGUGAUGUAUGAAAGCAGCUAUCCAACAGCUUACAGCGCUCCAGGCGCAAAUCUUCGAUUGGUCGUGAAUGGAGCCUUCCACAGUGAGCUCACUAGCGUCGGAUUCAACAUGCCUCACGGAAUCAUCGGUGGCUCUGGUAUUGCAGGCUUCUCCAUCGACGAGGUGCGAUACUGGUCCGUGGCUAGGUCGAUUGAGGAUAUUCACACCAACAUGGAACGCUUCAUGGCUGGGAGUGAGACAGGUUUGGUCUCGUAUGUCCCCUUUGAUGCUGGAUGUGGUUUGUCCGUGUCUGAUAGGUAUGCUGGUAGCUCAGCAACUUGGACUCUAACAGCAGCCGAAUGGAUAGAUGCCCGUAUGUUCAAGUGCGCUUUCGUGAGCGCCAUCACACCGCCCGUGAUAAACUUGUACAGUCCUCAGAACACAGUGAUGCUGAUUGGUGAACGUUUUAAACACCCAUCGUCGGCUGCGGGCUACGACUGGGGCUCAGACUCCGUGUCUAAAUUUGACGGACUCAAUGCCGUUUGCAUAUUCGGUUCGUCGAGCGCUGGAAAUCGAACAUCGCCGGCGGAUGUGAUCUCAGACACGGCGGUCUUAUGUUUUCCGCCGGAUGUGGCACACGACGUCGCGGUUGUGCAGCCCGUGUUUUGUGACUAUUCCCUUGGCUGUUGUACAGGCGAGACGACGGUCGAUUACCAUAUCGAAAACGCUACAACCAGGCCUUAUGAUGCUAAUUACGUAUCGUACGCCGUGAAUGAGGUCCCAAUGUACGACACUCCGAGUCUUACUUUCAGCCGUGGUGAGAUCACGAAUAUGUUACCAGCAGCGAUCGAUGAGGCUCUCGGUGGCAUUCUAACAGUCACUGGUUACGGUUUCUCUCCGUCGAUCGACACAAAUUUUGUCAACGGAGCUCCAAAGUGUGCGUUUCGGUACGGGUCAUCUAGCGAGUCUCUCUACACAGACGCCGAACUUAUCUCGGACACGUUGAUGAAAUGCGAGUUUCCCACCAGAUCGCGAGCAGAUAUGGAAAAUGCUGAAGCCAGAACAUCGGUUGAGAUUGCUCUAGUAUAUUUAUAUGGCGAUGAAGCUUGGAGCUACCAAACUGGAUGGAUCGAGGUAGUGGUGUCGAGCUACGACUUGCAUUUUGGGCUUGACGAGCCACUCACGAGCGUCUCAGAAUUGGGUGGGAGCGUACUCUCGAUAACCGCAAUUUUUGAUGAACCAGAUACGUCCAGUGUCAGGGUCAAGCACGACUCUGGUCGAGUGACGUCGACAGACGUAGCGUGCGCGUUUGGCACUGUUAGACCAAUUUCGGCUAGAUACAAUGAAUCCGAGACGUUUGAAUGCGUCGCCCCAGCCGCGCCGAGGGCAACCCCCACGAGUGUGCCACUUUUCGUUUCGCUGUUCGCGUCAUCUAUGUUUACAUCUUUUUCCCAGUUGACGCUUCUCUCAUCUUCAGGAGAGCUGGAUUACGUCGCUCAACCGAUUGUUACGGACAUUUUCCCAAGGCAACUCUUCGCAGUACCCACAGCGAACCUACUAUUCGCCGUUGGAUCCGAUUUUCCAAGUUUCAGCCCGCGGUGUCGAUUGAACUCAACAUACCUCACCGUGAACAGUUAUCUCUCGUCAGAGCUCGUUCUGUGUUCUGGCGUCGGCGUGGGUGGGGCAACUCCCGGUUUCCACGCCGUACUCGUGGAUAAUUACAUGUUGAAUGUGGAUGACGUGUACUCUCCAGGCAAUUAUGACAACGGUGUGAUGAUUCGAGAUGAUGCGCAUGUAGGCACAAUCGUCACCGCUGGAGUGACCGGUCCACUUUAUGGGGGAUGGGCGCUCACCGUCUCCGGAUCUGGAUUUUUGCCAGGUGAUGGAUGCUCUCUGCAUGUAGCGCCAGGAGAACCGAACGAGGUGUUGGAUGAUCCCACUUUCGGACAUUUUGUAAGCAGCGCAUUGAUGAAGUGUCUUGCGCCAAGAGUCGAAGAAAAUCCCGAGAGCUGGUACCUCCCGGAUGAAUCCAGUGGCUGGGUCACACAGCUUGUCGCUCGCCUUGCGGUUGAGUCCGUGGAUCGAAACAAUGACCCAAAGUCUCACGUGAAGUUACUUCACGGUUUAAAUAACGCAAGUGUCCUCGCAAAUUCUUAUGCCGAGGCGACUUCAAUUGAGUUUACUAGAGAAGAUCACGUCUUUCUGAAUCCUCAAGGAGGAAGUGAACUUGCUCUCGUUGCCAAGAAUGGAACGGCGUCGUUUCUCAGCUCAUCAUGCCGAUUCGGAACGAUUCAAGUCCUUGCAGACUGGAGUUGGUCGAGUAACGAGACGUCGACGACAUCGCUGGUGCGCUGCAUUUCGCCCGCAUUCGGGAAGUACAACGCCAACAAGUAUCGUUUCUCCGUGACUCAAGGAGAUCCCGGGCAUUACGGUGAAUUUGUGGUGGAUAGCCUCAAGAUGAUGAAGUCUAUAGACGAUGAUACCAUUUAUGAGUACGUGAACAACGCGAAGCAGCUCGCAACCCAGUUUGGUUUAUCCUCUCCUAGCGAGCAGCUUGCUCUGUAUGAGUGCUACGUCAAGGGCGACAGGAAUUUUGUAUUAGGUGCGUUUCAGGCGAUUUCUUCGAACGUGUACGACUGUUCGAUCAAAAACAUGUUCGAUCAGUUGGGCUACCGUACCAACUUGGCGUUCGUGUCUUUCGGUAUCGGGAUUAGAGGUGGCGAGGACGUGAUUACACCACUUUUACUCCAGUACACGCCGCCGCCAAUGAUAUCAUCCGUCGCAGUGAGCGCGGUGCCACCGCCUUACGGUUAUCGUCCAGCCUUCACCGAGAGUAAUUGCACUACGCUGAAAGAUGCUGCGUCGAUGACACGCGAUCUCUCCCAUAGUGUGUACGAGGGUCGACCCCAGACGCCAUUUGAAGUUGAGAAAUUCGUGUUGCCCGCCUUGGACAUCUUUGGAGGGGCAUGGUGGCACGUUUCAAACGCAGUGGGUAACCCUCUGCACAUACGAGGUCUUUAUUUCAAAUCACCCCAGGACGGGGGGGAAAUAUUGGUAUCGUUUAAACACGAAGAAACGUCGGCCACCGCGAGGGGUCACUUCGUCUCCUCGGCGUUGAUCCUGGUGGAGGUGCCAAUCACCGUCGACGGCGAGCACGAAACUACGGUUCGCGCUUCCGUCGAUAACGGUGUUUCUUGGUCGCAAGAGCGUGUCGCGUUUAGAAUACACGAGUUAGAUUAUGUCGAUCGCGAUUUGCAGACGAUCAGGCAAGCGUGCGCGACGUAA